AUGGCUCCACGGCUGGAAAAGAAGCCCUACUUUGGGCUCGUCGGAGGAUGGCUCACCUUCUGGAUUACGGUUGCCUGUGCCACGGACAUGACGUUGUUUGGCUAUGACCAAGGGCUGUUCAGUGGCAUCGUCGUCACGCAGAACUUCCUUGAGGUUCAUGAUCUGGUGGGACCCAGCAAGACCACGACGCUGUCGACCGUCACGGCCAUCUACGACGUGGGAUGUUUCCUCGGGGCUAUUGCCGCCUUUGCUCUGGCGGAGCAACUGGGCCGGAAAAAGUCCAUCUUGAUCGGGACGGCCAUCAUGGCCGUCGGCACCAUCCUGCAGGCCAGCUCGUACAGUCUGGCCCAGAUGUUUGUGGGGCGCGUCAUUCUGGGGAUUGGAAACGGGAUCAACACCUCCACGGCACCCAUCUGGCAGACCGAAACUGCCCAGGUAUCCUGGCGGGGCCGCCUGGUCAUUCUCGAGAUGGCCCUGAAUGUCGGGGGCUUCAUGAUGGUCAACUGGAUCAACUACGGGCUGUCGUUCCACGGCGGUGCGCCGGCCUGGCGACUGCCCAUUGCCCUGCAGUUCUUCUUCAUUGUCGUGCUCUUUGCCACCGUCCCAUGGCUGCCUGAAUCCCCGCGGUGGCUGCUCUGCCAUGGUCGCACUCCGGAGGCUGUAGAGGUCCUCUGCAGCAUCGAGAAUAAACCGAAGGACGAUCCCUAUAUCGCGACCCAGCACAGCGAGAUCGCGUACAGUAUCCAGUACGAGCGGGACAACGCCGUGCCUUGGCGGGAUCUGUUGACUGGACGGUCGACCGGCGACACCAAGACCCUGCGACGGUUGAUUCUCGGGGCCGGUACGCAGGCCAUCCAACAGUUCCAGGGGAUCAACAUCAUGUCGUACUAUCUCCCCCUGGUGCUCAUCAACUCGGUCGGGCUCUCCAACAACAUGGCGCGCUUGUUGAGCGCCUGCAAUGCGACGGUGUACUUUGUGUUUGCGUGCAUGUCCGUGACGCUGAUCGAGCGCUGUGGCCGACGCGGCCUCAUGCUGCUGUCCACCUUUGGCCAGUGUGUGUGCUUCUUGAUUAUCACCAUUCUCCUGCGGUUUGCCGAGAUCGACCGCACAUACGCGACCGCCGCGGUCGCAUUCUUUUUCCUGUACUAUAUCGUGUUUGGGAUCGGGAUGCUGGGGGUGCCCUGGCUGUAUCCGACCGAGAUCAAUUCGCUGCCCAUGCGCACCAAGGGCGCGGCGGUGGCCACCGCAACGAACUGGAUCACCAACUUUGCGAUUGUGGAGAUCACGCCGAUCGGCAUCCAGAACAUUGGCUGGCGAUUCUGGAUCGUGUGGAUAGUCACCAACGCGGCCUUUCUGCCCAUUCUCUAUUUCUUCUAUCCGGAGACCGCGAACCGGACCCUGGAAGACCUGGACGAGUAUUAUCGCUCGGACCCGGCCCUGGUGGUCACCCGGGACCCGGAUGCCAUUUCCACCCGGCGUCCCUUGCGGUAUGUCCAGCGUGAGGAGGAGGAAUUGCAGCGACAGAAGAAGGUUCCGGCGGGGGAGGAUUCAUCCAAGGAGAGCGCGGCAUCGGUAAGCCAUGUCGAGUAG